AUGCGCGAGAAGGAUAUUGAUGAAGUUCUUCAGACCCAUACAGUUUUUGCCAAUGUAUCAAAAGGACAAGUUGCUAAAAAGGAGGACAUAGUUAAAGCUUUUGGAAAGGAUGACCAAACUGAAGUAUGUAAAGAAAUUCUUUCUAAAGGUGAAUUGCAAGUGUCAGAUAAAGAAAGGCAAUCCCAUUUAGAAGCUCUGUACAAAGAUAUUGCUACCACAGUUUCAGAUAAGUGUGUCAAUCCUGAUACAAAGCGACCAUAUCCAGUGUCCAUGAUAGAAAAGGCCAUGAAAGAUGUACACUUCUCAGUAAAACCUAACAGAAAUGCCAAACAACAAGCUCUCGAUGUUAUUCCGAUGCUGAAAACAGUUAUGCCUCUGGAAAGAGCUCAAAUGCGUUUGAAGAUAAUGCUCUCUGGUAAAGAAGCGCGGAAGUUACGAGAGAAGAUUGCUAAAUUGGCUGGAACAGUUGAAUCAGAGGAAUGGAACAGUGGAGAACUCAGCAUGAUCUGCUUAAUCGAUCCAGGUCACUAUAGGGAAGUUGAUGAAAUAGUCAGGAGUGAAACCAAGGGUCAUGGACUCCUUGAGCUUUUAAAUACAUUUAUUUAUCCACAGAAACAGAAAUACACAAAGUCACAUAAACUUGGUUUAUGGCAAGUUAAUAUAAACGUCAUGAAGAAUUUGGCAAAAUACACUUCUGCUGUAAUUGACGUACCCUCUUUCCAAGUUUUUUGUAAAAGACUGCCACUUCUACCCGAUGAUGAAAUGGUAAUAUGCAGACGCGAACAUCGGCCUCUGCCUGUAGGUGCGAGAUCAUUCUCGUCAGUAAAACGUAGACGUGUUGUCAUUACUGGUUUGGGAGUGGUAUCACCUUUGGGUUGUGGAGUUCACCAUGCCUGGAAAAACUUGUUAGAAGGCGGUUGUGGAAUUGAUAAAUUGCCUUCUGAAAAAUAUAGUAAACUUCCAUGUCAAAUCGCUGCAGUUGUACCUCGAGGUUCAAAGAAUGGACAAUUUGACCAAAAUAUUUUUUCAAAAAGUGAUCUACGAACAAUGUCUCCUGCAACCAUGUAUGCCCUGACAGCUGCUCAGGAAGCCUUGAGUGAUGCCUCUUGGUUUCCUGAUAGUGAAUUUAAUAAGCAAAGGACAGGUGUGGCUGUAGGAGUUGGCAUGAUUGAUUUAACAGAUGUAUGUGAAACUUAUGAUGCCCUAAAACAAAGCUAUAACCGGGUUAGCCCUUAUUUUGUUCCCCGAAUAUUACCUAACAUGGCUGCUGGUCAAAUAAGCAUUAAAUAUGGAUUCUGUGGACCUAAUCAUGCAGUUUCAACUGCUUGCGCUACAGGUGCUCAUGCAAUUGGUGAUGCCUUUAGAUUUAUACAGCAUGGAGAUGCUGAUGUAAUGGUAUGUGGUGGAGCAGAAGCAUGUAUUUCCCCAUUGUCAAUUGCUGCAUUUUGUCGAUUGCGAGCUUUGUCUACGAAAUUUAAUGAGAGGCCUAAGGAGUCAUCACGACCAUUUGAUGAAGGGCGAGAUGGAUUUGUCAUGGGAGAAGGUGCUGCAAUUCUCGUUAUGGAAGAACUCUCUCAUGCUUUAAAAAGGGGAGUUAAAGUACAUGCAGAAAUUCUCGGAUAUGGACUCUCAGGAGAUGCAUCACAUUUGACAGCACCAAGAGAAGAUGGUACAGGAGCCAUGCUUGCAAUGUCACGGGCUCUUGAAGAUGCCCACGUGAAACCAGAAGAAAUUGGCUACAUAAAUGCUCAUGCCACAUCCACACCUAUUGGUGAUGUAAUAGAGUGUAAAGCAAUUGAAACAGUAUUUGGUUCGAAAUCGAACCUGUAUGUGUCUUCUACUAAAGGAGCUCAUGGCCAUCUUCUUGGUGCUGCAGGAAAUUUGGAAACUGUGUUUACUGUUCUGGCUUGUGAAACUGGUGUAAUGCCACCAACUAUUAAUUUGGACAAACCUGCAAAAGAUUUGAAGUUGAAUUUUGUAAUAAAAAAACCUUCUAAGUGGAUUCAAACUUCACCAAGAAUUGCAGUUAAGAACGCUUUUGGUUUUGGGGGCACUAAUGCCUCUCUUUGUAUAUCUCAGUACAUAGAGUCUUAGAAAGGGAAUAAAAGUUUUACAACUCCCACA